GAGUCAGAACUAAACCUGGAUCAGUUCUUAUGCUCCAAAUAUCCUGAACAAACUCCCAGAAACCUGCAGGUCCGCUGCAUGAGAUCUGAAAUCAGGAUGGAUGUCUGAACUCUUCCUGUUCCACACUGAGCUGGUGGUGUCUUAAUUGUGAUGCAGCAUGGCUCUCUGCUGGACACACUCAGUACUGCACCCAGAGUCCCCUCCACCCUCAGUCCUUUUCAAAUGUACUUUAAAUGUUAAUAAAACCUUGGAGUUUGCAAAUGUUCCGUUAAAAACAACAAUAUGAAAUAGUUCCUCCAAAGAGAGACUGGUUUGUGACCAAACUCGUAAAGUAGCACCAGAAUAUAAUCACUGAUUUCCUUUAGAAUUCAGGUUUAAAGUGACAGCGUUAGACUGCGUUUUAAAGAUGGAGGUGAGCGGUAAGUAGUUGGCAGGGAGGAUAUUAUGGAGAUUAACACAGAGGGGGGGUAACACUGUGCAACAUUCCUCAUCAGUCAGUGGAGGAUUUGUCAGGAGGACACAGAAGCUGGGAAAUAAAUGAAAUUAAACCCAGGAGCUGAGAAAACGGACUCUCAUUAAGAGCAGCGAUGCGAUUGGUCAGCCUGGCCGGGGCGCGGCUCCGCAGGGCAGCGGAGGAAGAAGAGAAGCGGGAACCUGCGGCUCCUCCGUCCCAUCACUCCAACAAACAGUUCGCAAGCAUGAAGAGCAAGUUCUUCAACGAGCUCACACACCUGCCAAUGCCCAUGUGGGCAAUAGGAGCCAUCGUGGUGGUGGUCCUGGCCCUCAUCGCCUGCAUGGGGUUCUGCAUCUACAAGAAGUGCAUCAAUAAGGGGAAGAAGCCCAAGAAGGUCCGCGAGAGGAAGGGAGGCCGAGGGCGCCGGAAGAAGGACAAGGAUGGAGAGGACGGAGACGACAAGAAGGAUGGAGAGGAAGGGAAGGAAGAUGAGGAGAAGGAGAACUUUGGAAAACUGGAGUACUCGCUGGACUACAACUUUAAUGAUAACCAGCUGAUCGUGGGCAUCCUGCAGGCUCAGGAUCUCGCAGCCAUGGACCUCGGAGGGACUUCGGAUCCCUAUGUUAAAGUCUACAUGCUGCCGGACAAGAAGAAGAAGUUUGAGACCAAAGUCCAGCGCAAGAACCUCAGUCCAGUCUUCAAUGAGACCUUCACCUUUAAGAUACCCUACAGUGAGCUGGGGGGUCAGACUCUGGUGCUGCAGGUGUUUGACUUUGACCGUUUCGGUAAGCACGACGUAAUCGGCGAGAUCAAGAUCGCCAUGAACAGCAUCGACCUGGCACAGCCGAUACAGGAGUGGAAGGAUCUUGUUGGAGGAGAGAAAGAGGAGCAAGAGAAGCUGGGCGAUAUCUGCAUUUCCCUUCGUUACGUCCCCACGGCCGGUAAGCUAACGGUCAACAUCAUGGAAGCCAAGAACCUGAAGAAGAUGGACGUCGGAGGACUGUCGGAUCCCUUCGUGAAGGUGGUGCUGCAGCACAACGGGAAGCGUCUGAAGAAGAAGAAGACGUCGGUCAAACAGAACACUCUGAAUCCUUAUUUCAACGAGAGUUUCAGCUUCGAGAUCCCCUUCUCCCAGAUCCAGAAAGUGCAGGUGCUGAUUACCGUCUACGAUUACGACAAGCUGGGCAGCAACGACGCCAUAGGGAAGUGUUGGAUCGGGUACGGAGCGUCGGGCGUCGGGCUGCGUCAUUGGUCCGACAUGUUGGCCAAUCCCAGGCGACCGGUGGCCCAGUGGCACACACUGCUGCUCGAGGAGGAGCUGGACGCUGCUCUGAAGGCCCCCAUUCGCUAAACACAAUCACAC